GGUUCAUUGCUGUCAUGGCGCCGAACAUAAACAUUCAAGCUAUUGCGGAGACAGUAAACUAAUCAUUGCACCUGUUUUCUACGACCAGCUUCUCAUACUUACUUUGGGAUCGAAAGAACAGUUAUUUUGUUUGGUCUCUGAGACGUUCCUGAAACAAUUAUUUGACUGGAGGGAAGCAUGUCUGGACCGAAUAAAGCUCUAGAGUUGCAGCUCCAGAUGCGUCAGAAUGCAGAAGAUCUGAACGGUUUCAUGAAAGAACUGGACAGCUGGGAGGUGGACAUGAAGAAGAAAGAUAACCAACUAAGGACUGGGACCCUCGGUGAGCCAGAAAAAGGUAUCCCACCUGUGCGAAAUAAGGAUUACAAACGGAAGAAGAGAGAGAAGAGAUCCACAGAGGGCAGUUCAAAGACUGAUCCAAACCAACCUUCGAGGAUAAAGUCUUACGAUUACCAGUCAUGGGAUAAAUUUGAUGUGGACAAGGCUUUGGAGUCAAUGGAUAGGGAGGACAGCCCAGUGGAGUCCAACGACUCGGAUUCAGAGGAAGUUGCUGUCGACCGGGAGAAAGCCCUCACAGAGAAGGAGAAAGGGAAUAGACUAUUCAAAGAAGGGAAGUACGAUGGUGCCAUUGAAUGUUACACCAGGGGCAUGGGAGCAGACCCUCUCAACCCAGUCCUGCCCACCAACAGAGCUGCCUGCUUCUUCAGACAGAAAAAGUUUAAAGUUGCUGAGUCCGACUGCAACCUGGCCAUCGCGUUGGACACGAAGUACGUCAAAGCGUACGCUCGGAGAGGGGCGGCUCGCUUCUCCCUGCAGGACUACGCGUCUGCCUUAGAAGACUAUGAAACUGUUCUCCAGCUGGACCCUGGCAAUCUGGAGGCUCAGAAUGAAGUGAAGAAAAUAAAGGAGGCCCUAGCCAGCCAGGGUGGGGGGCCCCAGAGCCCCGAGGUGCAGGCGGAGCCCCCGGUGGUGGACUCCAAGCAGCAGAGGCUCCAGGAGGAGCAGCAGAGACGACAGGAGGCCGCAGUGCAGAAGGACAGGGGGAACGCCUACUUCAAGGAGGGGAAGUACGAGGCAGCUGUUGAGUGUUACAGCAGAGGGAUGGAGGCAGACGCCACCAACGUCCUCCUGCCUGCCAACCGGGCCAUGGCCUACCUGAAGCUCCACAAGUAUAAUGAGGCAGAGGAGGACUGCAGCAAGGCCAUCUCCCUGGAUGACACCUACUCCAAGGCCUUUGCCCGCCGGGGGUCUGCCAGGGCAGCCCUGGGGCUCCUCGCCGGGGCCAGAGAAGACUUUGAGCAGGUCCUGAAACUGGAGCCAGGAAACAAGCAGGCGUUCAGCGAGCUGCAGAAAAUCACAGCCGACAAAGACAUCAGCGGUCUGCUGUCUACAGAGGAACACGUACAGAGGAGAACGGUACAAGCCAUCGACAAACCACUGCACCUGCGGUCAACAAAGCCCUUGAGAAGAGUGGACAUCGAGGAGGUGGGGGGGAAGGUUGUGAGGACGGAAGAGCUCUCGGGUGGAUCCUCUGCCCCCCCAGCAGCCCCCAGCAGUCAGACGUCAAAGUCCGCCGUCUCCCCCAUCCUGAGUGGGGGCCAGAAGGGAGAGACGUCCUCCCCCCUCUCCACCUCCCCCAGCGCCAAGGUCCUAAAGAUAGAAGAGGUUUCGGACCUCCCCUCCCAAACCCCCCUCAGGGGCCCCGAAGGGGACGGGGGCAGCAGGCAGGCUGAGCAGCCCAGGAAGGAGCAGCCCAGAGCAGGUCAGACACAGACCCUAGCCCCCUCCGUCUCGACCACUACCACAGCAGACACCACCCUCGGCGUUCCUCCUGCCCCCAGCAGCAGCUUCCAGCUGGAGACAGACCUCCGGCAGAUAAGAGGCAGCCCUGAGCUCAUCUACACGUACCUCAGGCAAAUCAAGCCACAGAGCUACGUCCAGAUCUUCCAGAGCUCCCUGGAGCCAGACAUCCUCGACCUGAUCCUGAAGACCAUACACACUUUCUUCACAAAGAGUGAGUCUCCUCAGCUUGUACUGGAGGUGCUCAGCAGUCUGGCCAGCGUCAGGAGAUUCAACAUGGCCGUCAUGUUCCUGUCCACCCCUGAGAAGACAGUGUUGAGAGAACUGUUUGACUUCCUUCGCCAAGCUGGACUGGACGACACCGCUGUUACAGCCUUGCAGAAGCAGUAUGGAGUGUGACAGCAGAUCCUCUUAGGCACCUCUCACGUAUACAUGAGUAUCUAGACCCAGUACUGUACCGUAUAGUACAGUACAGUCCAGUGUACUCAAAGACUUCAACACACCAUCACCCCCUCAGUUUGAUGAUCAGUUUUAGUUGAGAACGCCACUGCACCGUGAAUAAAGAUAGUCUGCUGCUGUGGAGGAGUUAGGAACCGCCAUAUUGGCACGUGUGGAGUAACAGUCUUGUCCAUGGCUACAGGCCAGCGGCUGACAUGUUUGAUCUACAGACAGCAUCUUCCAGUCUUGUUCAAACAUUUCAGUAUGGCUUCUUCCUAAGCAUGUUGUACCUUGCUAAUGUUCUCUCUUGACAGUGAUAUGAUGGAUGCCUUUGAACGACAGUGUGAUUGGAUACGUGGAGAACCUGGGGAAUGAAUAAAGACAUGUUUAUUUCUUA